CAUUUCCCCUGCUUCCUGGCUGCCACUUGUUUGCUGCAUCUCUUUGGGACCACACGCCAUCCCUCCAAGAUGUGGGCAAAGACAAUUACAGGUAAUUUUGCCAAUGUGAUUCAUGGUUUGAAUGCAAACCACUUGACAGACCAAGUCAUUCAGAGAAGCAAGCGAAUGAUCCUGGAUACUCUUGGAGUGGGGCUUCUGGGCACCAGCACUGAGGUCUACCACAAAGUGACACAGUACAGCAAGAUCUACAGCUCAGAUAUAUCCAGCACCAUCUGGGGCCACUUGGAUUUCCGACUGCCUCCUCUGUAUGCAGCUUUUGUGAAUGGAGUGGCUGUGCACUCCAUGGAUUUUGAUGACACGUGGCAUCCAGCCACCCACCCAUCCGGGACUGUGCUCCCCGCUGUGAUUGCACUCUCAGAGGCCUUUCCUCAGAAGCAAAAAAUCUCAGGUCUCGAUCUGCUCUUAGCUUUCAAUGUGGGAAUCGAAGUGCAAGGCAGGCUGCUGCGCUUCUCUAGAGAAGCCAGGAAUAUUCCAAAAAGGUUUCACCCCCCGACCGUGGUUGGUACGAUGGGGAGCGCAGCAGCUUGUGCUAAACUGUUAGCUCUUGACCAGCUGAAAUGUAAAAAUGCCUUGGCUAUUGCCGCCUCCUACGCAGGUGCCCCACUGGCUAACGCAGCGACCCAAACGAAGCCUCUCCAUGUUGGCAAUGCUGCCAAGCAUGGUCUAGAAGCAGCUUGCUUAGCGUCACAGGGCCUUCAAGGAAACAAACAGAUCUUGGACAUGGAGUCAGGGAUAGGUGCCUUUUAUACAGAUUACAAUCCCCAGACCCUGCCAACCUUGCAGUCCUAUCCCUGGCUGUUGGACCAGCAAGACGUGGCCAUCAAACGCUUUCCUGCUCAUCUUGGGACGCACUGGGUGGCUGAUGCAGCAUCUUCUGUCAGGAGGAAGCUUGUGGAGAGCAGCGACAACUUGCUCCCCCUUGAUAAAAUUGAGAAAAUCAUUCUCAAAGUCCCAGAGGUGAAAUAUGUGAACAGACCCAGCCCCACCUCGGAGCAUGAAGCUCGACACUCCUUCCAGUUUGUUGCAUGCUCUGCUUUGCUGGAUGGCAGCACGUCGGUCCAGUCUUUCACUGGUGAGAACAUGCACCGGCCAGCCUUGCGGGAGCUCCUCUGCAAAACGCAGCUGGAGCACCCUCCCAAUAACACACCUAGCUUUGAGAGUCUUUACUGCGAGGUGAGUGUCACACUUCGGGACGGCAACACGAUCAGUGACCGCUGCGAAACGUUCUACGGACACUGGAGGAAACCUCUGAAAAAGGAAGACUUGGAGAAAAAGUUUCAAACCAACGCCUCCAGCGUCCUGCCCACAGAAGCCACCGAAGGCAUUAUAGAGACUGUGUACAAUCUGGAAAAUGUAGAGGACUGUUCUGUAUUAAGUACAUUUUUAUCUGGACAGCCAGCUAGAGCGCUUUCAAAGAAGUUGUGCUUCUUUUGAAUGUUCCCACCGACAGCUAGAGGCUGUUCACAAAGCAAACAGAAUUCAGGACAAACUCCUAUUUAGUGACUCAAGCACUUUCAAAUGGGACUCCCGUAACCGAAGAGCCAUGCUCAGUCCAAUAUUGUGGGUUUUGACUAAGUAAAUAAUGUAGAGAUUACAUGCACAGCUCAGUCAGGCUGAACAGAAGAUCCUUGACUUCAAUUAACUUUAUACCUCUAGAGGCAGAGCACUGCUUGCACGUGACAUAAAAAUUUCCCUGCCUUUCUGCCAAAAAUGCCUGUAUGUUCUGCUUCUGCUAAGUAACCCCAAAUUCUAGAGGAGUAUGGAAAUAUUGCAUCUGUGAGCAACAUUGCUGUGAGAAGGAGAGUAUGUAUUUAUUUCUGUAGAUUUAGCUCCAGAACCUCCUUGAAGAGGCCACGUCUUACAUCCCAACUUUGACGUUUGUGCUAAAAUAAACACGGUGCACACACAGAGGAGUAGCACUUGAUACUCUGCAACACGUCGGGCUUUGCUGCGACGAUUGGCCUUGCGUUGCGUAGGUAAAGGCUGGUGCCCGUCCUCAUCACGCCAGCUGCUGAGCAAGAGGGGGAACUCAACACUCCUCCUCAUAAAAGCGUCAUUUCCCAGUCCCAUCUCUUGGCUGCUCCGUGGUACCCGUUUGUUCCUGCUGUUUUCCCACUCCAGUUACAAGGCGCUCAUCCAGCAAGG